AUGAGAGGACUGCAGCUGAUCUAUUCGGUCUUCAAGACGCUGACCGAGCAAGUCGUCACUGUCGAGCUCAAGAAUGACUUGGCCAUCCGUGGCACGCUCAAGUCUGUCGACCAAUUUCUCAACAUCAAGCUAGACAACAUCUCUGUACUCGAUCCAGAACGGCAUCCUCACAUGAUGACGGUACGCAAUUGCUUCGUGCGCGGGAGCGUUAUACGGUACGUUCACAUACCCAAGAACGCCAUCGAGACUCCUCUGCUCGAGGACGCAACACGUAGAGAGGCGGCCAAUAACAGCAAGAGGUAG